AUGUUCCUCUCGUUGUUAAUUUUAGUAGAAGUGGUGUACAGUACCGAGCACGUGCCGAUAACCCAAGAGAGCCGAUUGGUGUUGCGUUGCGAAGACACAACGAGUGGAGAUGACUCGAAUCUGAGUUUAUGCCAGUGGGGCUGUUAUAGGAAAUGCAUAGCGCCGUUUGCCGGGACGGGCAACGAAGACAUAGUGAUAUCUGGUGUGCAGUUUGAAAGUUGUGUGGAGGAAUUACCGGACGACUGCCGACUGCACGGCAGUCUGUACACUCCCGUCCUGCUGGAUACUUAUUGCAUUGGAGACCUGGGUCCUAGUGGAGGCAAGUACUAUAAAAUGUUCAUUCCCGCAACGGAUGGGAUUAUGUAUUCGGACACAUUUUCUCCGACAAAUGUUUUGUUGGGCCUGUAUAACCAGUCCAGUACCGUACCCACAGAUGAGUGUCUGAGCAACAGCAUUUACUACGUCUUGGCACCGACGACUGAUGCUCUCGGAUACACCAUUCAGACUGAUGGAAUUCAGUUUAUCUCUUCUGACGACGAAGCUGGAUACUUGAGCUGCCCCGCACUCCCUGAAUGGUCCAGUGAACAGAGUGCUGUCACGACCUUCCCCGUCAUCUCUGAAACGUCCUACGGUAUCCCGUUGACCAACGUCAGCACUGCCCUCUCCAUCUCCCAAAGGGGAAUGCUCGUCGAAGACAACGUGGUUGUAUUCGGGACGCCCUCCAAGUGCCGUAUGACAUACCCAGCUGAUGCGUACCUUUUCCUUCAAGGCAACUUCACCAUGGCCACAGGAACUUUUCUUAACGUUGCGACUACAGGCUUCAUCGCACUUUUGACAAACGUCUUUUUGUAA